CCAAGCCUGAGCAAUUCCACCUGCCAAAGACGUUGAAGAUGGGCAGUCCCGACGGACACAUUGCCGCGCGCGGGGAACCGUGCAGCCUGGAUGGUUAGGUAGCAGCGGCCGUUAUCAGGUUGAUAGAUCCUCGGAAGACCGGCCGGGGCCUGAGCAAACCUUAUCUAUCAUAUAUCAUCAUCAUCCACCUCCGAUGCUGGCAGAGGUGGAUUCGUUGAGACCUGGGUGGAGACGCAGUUGAUAUCGAGAUUUAUGAUAUUUAUAGGUUGCUCUCCAUUCUGUCAACAAUUGAAUGCGAGAGUGGUUCUGCGUCAGUUGGUAUUCAACGGAGUCCAACUGUGUCCUGUCUACAUCAGCUAUAUUGAUUGUCUGAACGUGUGACGCAGCUGGCGAGCUCUAUAUCGCGAUAGAUCAAACGACCCUGAUACUAUUGAUUUCACGACAGUCUCACAAUUCAACUUGCUGCCCUGCGCAGCACACACACCCACAAACCGCCACCAUGCCAACGCAAACCACUCGAUCAAACAAGUCUAUCGAUAUGGAAAAAGACAUAUCCACCCCGGCCGACGCGGAGCCCACGCCAGACUCCCAGCCCCGAACCGGCAACAGCGACACCAGCAUAACCACCGCCAACGUUGCCAAAGUAGAACAGGACAUCCUCGCCCACGCCAACGACGCCGACGCCGCGUACGACGCCCUGAAAGCCUACGGCGGCCAAGUCAUCGCGCUCGAUGCCGCCACAAACAAGCGCCUGUUACGCCGGAUCGACAUGUUCAUCAUGCCGAUCAUGUGCCUUGUCUACGGGCUCAACUAUCUCGAUAAAACGACACUCUCGUACGCAUCCAUCAUGGGGCUAAAGCAACCGCACUCUGACAACGUGCUGCAGAGCGGUAUCGGGAUCAGCGGGACACAGUACAGCUGGCUGUCGAGUCUGUUCUACUUCGGCUAUCUCGCGUGGGAGUAUCCGACCAACCGGCUGAUCCAGCGGCUGCCGCUGGGCAAGUACUCGGCUGCCAAUAUCAUCAUCUGGGGCUUGGUGCUGAGCUGCUUUGCUGCCGUGAAUAACUUCUCGGGUGCGAUUGCGAUCCGGUUCUUUCUGGGCGUGUUCGAGGCUGCCGUCACGCCUGGCUUUGCGUUGUUGACUUCUCAGUGGUAUACGAAGCGUGAGCAGGGGCUCCGCGUUGGGAUCUGGUUUUCGUUUAAUGGCUUCGCUCAGAUCUUCGGCGGGCUCGUGGCGUAUGGGAUUGCUGUGGGUAGCGAGAGGCACGGUACUGUGUUGGAGCCGUGGCGGAUCGUGUUCCUGCUCACCGGCUGUUUGACAAUUGUGAUGGGUAUUGCGUUUCUAAUCAUUAUGCCGGACAACCAGAUGAAUGCGUGGUGGCUGAGCAAGGAGGACCGCGUCAAGGCAUUGAUACGAAUCAAGGGAAACGGGCAGGGUGUGGGCAAUAAGCACUGGAAAAUCUAUCAAUUCAAGGAAGCCUUCACGGACCCCCUAACAUGGGCAUUUGUGUUCCUUGCCUUGGUUGCAGACAUUCCCAAUGGCGGGAUCUCAAAUUUCUUCUCUCAGCUGAUUGUCGGAUUCGGCUACACACCUCAGCAAUCUUUGCUCUAUGGCACACCAGGCGGAGCAGUAGAAGUAGUUGCACUGAUCGCCUGCGGCUAUUUUGGUGAUAAGAUUGGUAACCGAAUCUUGCUCGGUUGCUCUGGACUGGUUUGUGCGCUUCUUGGUAUGAUUUUGAUUGUAGCUCUGCCACUAGACAACAACUCAGGACGGCUGGCCGGAUACUAUCUGACUCAGGCGUCCCCGACGGCUUUCGUCGCUCUGCUGAGUCUCAUCGCGUCCAAUGUCGCAGGAUACACCAAGAAGACUACUGUUGCCGCUAUGUACCUGGUAGCUUACUGCGUUGGUAAUAUCAUUGGCCCUCAGACGUUCCGUCAAAGCGAUGCGCCACGAUACGUACCUGCAGAGAUUACCAUAAUUGUAUGUUGGGGAUUAUGUAUCCUUGACAUGGCAUUCAUCUGGUGGUACUGCAAGAAGCAAAACGCGAAGAAAGCAGCUAUCCGGGCGCAACCAGAGUAUAUGAAGUUGGAAAAUCAGGAGUUCCUCGAUCUCACGGAUCGUGAGAAUCCAGAUUUUGUGUAUACCAUAUAGUUAUAGUAGCCCCUCAUGCACCGUGGUCCUUAAUCCGAAGCAUCUUACCAUAUGACAACAAGUCUUUGUGGUUUUGCGAACCACAUCACCACCUACAACCUCGUAAGUGUAUGUGUGUUGUGGCCCGAAUCACAAAUGCUGAUUGACCCCGAUAGCGAGGUUUGAUACAGCCAGUGUGUCCGGCCUUCCAUGUGCUGAGUGACUUUGUUCGUAUGUCCUGGUCAGUAGGUUGUUCGACACACCGUGAGAUGGCGCUGUGAUGCCUCAUUGGCAUCAUUUUCUAGUCUUGGACAUGACCUAGUGCUAGCUUUCAUCCCUCGACCUCGACCUCUACAUCCUCUUUAGGCUCUCUUGGCUCCUGGGCUUCGUGGUACUGUAUUGAGUCAUCGAUGUAGCUAAGGAUCGCGCCGACGCUGU